CGGGCCUCCCAGCUCUGGGCUUCAGCGUGAGGUGCGGAUUCCUCGGACUCCUCGGGCUCCAGCCGCCGCGUGCGCCGCAGUCACAGCCGCCCGUUUCUCCUGCUCCAGCCUGAGCUUCCCUGGACCAUGGCCAACACCGAGCGCACCUUCAUUGCCAUCAAGCCCGACGGCGUCCAGCGAGGCCUGGUCGGGGACAUCAUCAAACGUUUUGAGCAGAAGGGAUUCCGCCUCGUGGGCAUGAAGCUCCUUAGGGCCUCAGAGGAACAUCUGAAACAGCACUAUGUUGAUCUGAAGGACCGGCCAUUUUUCCCUGGGCUUGUGAAAUAUAUGAACUCAGGGCCUGUUGUAGCCAUGGUUUGGGAGGGCUUGAAUGUGGUGAAGACAGGCAGAGUGAUGCUGGGAGAGACCAACCCUGCUGAUUCCAAGCCAGGCACCAUUCGUGGGGACUUCUGCAUUCAAGUUGGCAGGAACAUCAUUCAUGGCAGUGAUUCUGUAAAAAGUGCUGAGAAGGAGAUCAGCUUAUGGUUUAAGCCUGAAGAGCUGGUCGACUAUAAGUCUUGUGCUCAUGACUGGGUCUAUGAAUAAGGAUUUUAAAAGUGGAUUUAGACUGGACCUACUCCUUUUAGUAGCUGUGGUAUGCGUGUGUUAUGUCUUCAUCACUGAGUGAGAGUGUGUGUGUGUAUGUAUGUCUGUAUGUCUGUAUGUCUCCAUCCCUGAAUACAACAUUUCAUGCCAGGGGAUUGAAAGGAAUUGGAACCAUUGUUUUCUAAAACAACCCUGUAAUCCUGUUCAAUAAAGCAAUCUUGUGUGGUUAUUGAGUUGAAAA